GGUAACUAGAGCACCCUAAUGGCGCUGGUUCCGGGUUCUUCUUCCUCAAUGCAAGCCCGCCAAAGGAAAAACCAAUCAGAGAGAGGUGUUUUUCCCACCUCGCUCUAAGCCCCACCCCAACCAAUCACAAACAUCCACGCAGCCCUCCCGGGCAUAAAAGAAGCAAACCCCCCACCGCGCUCUCUCUCUCUCUCUCUCCUGCCCAGCCCAGCCUGCUGCCUCCAAUAAAGAUCUCUUGGCCGAGCCGGUGUGCCGUGGUCUUAAGUCUGAGCGUCACUCUUUCAUUGGUGCCGUGACUCGGAUUGGGACUCCCCGCCUCCGGUGGGACCCCAGUCCCCCUCAGACUCAGACCAGGCCCCGGCCGGCCUUCGCCCAAUUUCCCAUCCGCUGAACAGCGCAUCCACCACCGGCUCCUGUUUGGUAAGUCCCCUUCUGUCGUCUGCCACCUAGUCCUAUACUGUGGCGACAGACUCCUGCUUCCCUUCCUCAACCCGUAGGGAACUGAGUUUUCUCCCUCUCCCCCUCGCUCCUCCGGCCUGAGCCUCCGCGCCAUACUGUUGGCGACAAAAAUCUUGGUACCAAGUGGCUCACGGUCCCUCGGCCAUGCUGUUGGCCCUUCAGUCCCUUCACCUUGGUGACGACCAACCGAAGGCCCUGAACCUGAUUACAGUGUUCGGCUAACUAGGGGACGCCCUCUUAGCCCUCACUGCCUCUCCGUCCAUGGGAGGCUCCACAUCCCUGCCGGCCGACUCCCUGCUAAAAUGCCUUCUAGACAAUCUGGCUACCCUAGGCCUUGCCACUGACCUCAAACCUAAACGCUUAAUCAAAUUCUGCACGCAAGAUUGGCCGACCUACCCCUUAGACAACCAAAAUGAAUGGCCCCUUAUGGGACCCUAGACCCUGAAAUUCCCCAGGGCCCUUACAAUGAUUGUGCGCACGGGAGAUUGGGCAGAGAUCCCCCAUGUUCCUAACUUCUCCUAUUAGACGAUAAGCCUCACCUCUUUCUGUCCCUGUUAACCCUAACCACAACAUGCGUCAUGGCUGGCCUCCACUCCAAAAGCCUUUCCCAACCCUCUCCCCUUCCUACUUCCGAUUUGAACCCUGCUGAUGAACCGCCGCCAUAUCACCAUCCCCAACCUCGCCCCUCCGCCACCGAGCCACCGCCAACAACCCCAGCCCUACCCAUCGGAGCGCAGGCAGUCCCCAACCACAAUCCUGGCUGCAAUUAUAACUCCCAAGACGGUGUCACAGCCCGAGACCACUUUGCCACCUGUUUAAUAACAGGUCUCCGGAAGGCAGCUCAAAAGGCAGUCAAUUUUGAUAAACUCCACAAAAUCAUCCAAGAAAAACAUGAAAACCCGUCUGCCUUUCUCGCCCGCCUUACACAGGCACUCCAACAAUACACCAACAUGGACCCUAAAGCCCCCGACAGCAGACAACUUCUCAUGUUCCAUUUCUUCGCACAAAGCUUCCCAGACAUUCGGGCCAAACUAAAGAAGCUAGACAGAGGUCCCUUUACCCCGCAGACCGAGAUCCUCGCCACCGCAUUCAAAGUCUAUCACAACCGUGACGAGCAGGCAAGGAGGCAGAAGUGCCAGAUGUUGGCUCAGGCCUUCAAGGCCUCAACCCAGCCUAUCAGACGCCAUGCCUCUAUGUCCACCACUCACCAACAACCCCCCGGACCCUGCUUUAAAUGUGGGAACAAAGGUCAUUGGGCUCAUGAGUGUCCUAAUCCCAGGCCACCCAAAAGACCGUGCCCCAAGUGCCAACAAUCCAGCCACUGGGUGACCGACUGCCCCAGCUCCCUCGGGGGAGCUGGGCCAGACCCCAUCCUAAAGCUGAUCUCAUUAAGUUGGCAGCCUAAGACUGACGGGGCCCUAGGACCUCUUCCCGAUACACACCAUCACCACGCAGGAGCCCAGGACUUUUAACCAGCUUCUCAUCAGGCACUACCAACUCCUAGCAACCGAAGAAGAUGACCAGGACUCACCUGCCCAUGGCCUCCAUCUCCAGGACCUGUAAUUUCUUAGAUUUCCUCCAGGCCCUCCAAGAAGAUACGUGGCUCAUAGCAGAUCCUUCCCUGCCAUACGGAUGGCUUGCGUCCAUAGAUGACCUCUACUUACAAGGGACAUCUUUAGACUUCACACCCCAGGAAGUGUUCACCUUCAGCGCCGUCUUCCUUGGCCUCCUGCUAUUGCUCGGCCCCUACAGUCCUCCAAUAUCCCUUCCCACGACGCCCCGUUCAGCAGGAAGUAGCCAGACGAACAGCGACGCCCACCUCCCCACUUCUUAAAAAACAAAAAAGGGAGGAAUGUUAGGUAACUAGAGCACCCUAAUGGUGCUGGUUCCGGGUUCUUCUUCCUCAAUGCAAGCUCGCCAAAGGAAAAACCAAUCAGAGAGAGGUGUUUUUCCUGCCUCGCUCUAAGCCCCACCCCAACCAAUCACAAACAUCCACGCAGCCCUCCUGGGCAUAAAAGAAGCAAACCCCCCACCGCUCUCUCUCUCUCUCUGUCUCCUGCCCAGCCCGGCCUGCUGCCUCCAAUAAAGAUCUCUUGGCUGA